GCAGCCUGGCGAUCUCUUGCUACAUAACCAGUCCCGAUAAAUCGCGCUGUUGGAUCUCAUGAUUCGUGUUUUAGGGGUUAAGAUACAAUGAUUUCUUGUACCCUAUUAAGUGGUUAAGCGAUAUAUAUCGUAUGGUAUUUAGUUAUCGUAUUAAAGUGCUGGAGCAGUACUGAAAAAUUUUUAAUAACAAAUAACUUCUUGUGCGAGAUCUCAAAUAUGGAAAAUAAUGGAGACGUGCAAAUGACAGCAGAGGACGAUGUUCAGGAAGAGGAGGAAGUAACUGCUCAAAGUGUUUUAUUAGCAAUAGAGGAAGCCUGGCUGAACGAGAAAUUCGCACCUGAGAUUUUACCACACCGCUCUGAUUUGGUUGACUGUAUGCUGCAACAAAUCACGCACAUGGAAGAGAACAUGAAGAGGUUAGACAAAGAAGAUCUGAGAUUGAUGAUACACAGAAUGGAGUUGGAUAGGAUCAAGUAUGUGAUAACUAAUUACCUCAGAGCCCGGUUAGAAAAAAUUGAAAAAUACACCAUUCAUAUACUUUCUCAAGAAGCGACUAGAUCUUCCGAGGAAUGUUAUUUAACGGUUGCAGAGCUUCAAUUUGCGAAGGAGUUCCUUGCAAAUAUUGAGAUGCUCUUUAAAACAAUUGCUCUGCAACACAUGCCUGGAAAUUUUCAGACAUUUGAAGUUGAUACACUAACUGUAAAACCUAAUCUACAGGCUUCUACAUCCUCGAGAGCAGCCCAAAGACUAAUAUCAUCAAAAUCAUGAAAUGGAUCGAGAUUGUCUCGCAACGUCGCUGAGAAUAAUACAGGCUCUUGUGGGAUAAUCGAAAUUUUCCGCCGUAAUUCAUGAAGACCUAUUUGCUUUGUAUCCAAUUUAUCUAUGUAGAUAGCACCUUCAAGUUUGGUCAAACGAAACAAAGCUGAUAUUAAAGAGGUUUUGCCGGCACCAGUA